UUGGCAACAUUUUUAAAUUGUUUCAAACAGUUUGUGUGGGAGAAUGUUAAAUUGUUGACAAUAGUUGAAGCGCGACAAAUAUAUUCUUUAGGAUGUUUCUUUGACAAAUAAUGUGUGUCUAUUAAAAUUUAAUUUAAACGGAUUAAUUAUUUUGGUGAAAAAAAGAUAUUGGAAGAUCAAAAUGAGAAUUUGUUGAGUGAUUAUUGAUUUAUUAACAUGUCGUUUAUUACAACGCACAUAUUCUUAUUUAUAAUGUCAUUUAACAAUAUGACUUGUAUAUCAUUUAGUGAUAAUUAAUGAUAAAAUAUAUAUAAUGUAAUAAAUUUCUGUAAUUAUAACGAUGGAGACACAUAAGGUUAUGUUGGUUUUAAUGAAAAUGAUAAAAUUUGGAGUUCUCUUGUAAUAAUUAAGGUGUAAUUUGUGCGAAUCAUUUAGUCAAUUAUAUAUUUUAUAAGAAUGAAUGGAGAGGCAGAAUAUAAUGUUGCCACUAGGUACCGAACAGUUAGAAAACAUCUGGAUAACUUGGGGUACAAGCAAGCACUGUCAAUAGAUGCUUUACCUCUGAUAGAAACUUUACUGUCUGAUCUGAUACAAACUACAGACAGUCUUAAACAUUUUAAAGCCAUUGCUCAGGAGAAUAUUGAGGCACAUAGUCAGUUGCAAUUGACAGUUGAUCCCUACAAAUGUGAUAAUGCAAGAUUAGUGCGAGAAUGUAACCAGCUUCACUCGGAUCUGAUAGAGGCUAAAGAAGCACAUCAGAAACAAAUCAAGGAUCUUAAAAAGCAAAUAUAUAAGUUAGAAUGUGAAUGCAAUGAUUUACAAUUGGCAUCUUCACAUAACAUACAUAAGAUAAAAGAGUUGGAGACAGAGUCGGCUGCCAAAUCUAAGAAGAUAUUAGAACUUCAAGGCAAAUGUUUAAAGCCAUCUAUCAUUAAUGUGGGAUUUUCUGCUAAGAAGCGUCCUUGCUUUCCUCUUAGAAGACCUGUCUUAGAAACUGAGCCAAUGCCAAGGGCAAAGCGCAGUGGCUCAUUGCCAAAAUUAAGCAGCGUCGAACCUAAGAUAAUAGAUAUAAUAAGCAUGGCGGAUCAUAAGAUGAACUGUUUGAAUCAGGAGGUAACAAAAUUACGAGGAGAGCUUUUAUUGCAAACAGAUACUAUAGAGAUCCUUGAAAAACAGCUAGCUACGAAAGAAAAAGAAAUAAUUCGACUAAGAAAAAUGUUGGAAGGUGGACGUUCCUAUGCUGCAGUUAGCAAGGAUUGCACUUGCAAGAAGAUGGAAAAAAAGAUUGGUGCUGCCAAUGAUGUUACAGAAAAUAGUGAAGUGAAGAUCCUUCAACAUGCUAAACAAGAGUUAGAACAACGGCUAAAAGAAUCUCUAAAUAAACAGCAUGACGCAAUGUCUCAGGCAAUGAAACUAGCAAGACGAAAUGAGGAAUUAGAAAAAGAAUUGAGAGAUAUAGAUCAUGUUGCAUUAGCUGUAGAGGCCGAUUGCAAUUCUGCGGUUAAAGAAAAUAAUAGGAGAGUUUGUAGACUUCAGGAGAAGUUAGAAGAUGUCAUGAAACAGCUGCAUGUCUUAGAACAUGAGUUAAUUGUAGAACGUAGAGAGGUGCAGGAAUUGAGAGCAGAUCUAGAAUCUUGCAGACUUGAGAAACGUAACGUCCAAUGCACGCUAGAAUCUACAUUAGAUGAAAAGAAGAAACUGUCUGAUAAGAUCAAUCAACUAGCAAUCAUUGAAAAAAAUUUAAAGGAUGAGAUGGAAAGACUGACUAAAGAAAACGAAUACCAAAGACAAGCAUUCAAGAAAAAUGAAAGAUAUACUGUAGAUCAUCAGGGAAUAGUUAAAGAUGGAGAAAUUAUAAAAAAUACAGACAAUUUUGACAUGCAAAGAUUGAUUGAUGAAGCAGAUUUGAAAAUUAUGUCUUUGCAACAGUCAAUCCAGCGAUUGGAGGCAGAACGAGAUCAUUACAAAAAAGAAUACAUUAAUUAUCGAGAUGAGCAAUACAGAGUAUCUGAUAAAGAUAAUGCUGAUUUAUGGACACGAAUAUGUGAAUUGAAACGCGAAUUAAGUGAUAUGGAACAAACUUUAAGCAAAGCGCAACGAGAGAAAGAAGAGCUGUAUUACCAAAAAGAGGAUUUGGAAGCACGACUGAAAACUUAUAAGGAUAAUCAGAGACAGGCAUGUAUCCCUUGUAGAUCGUGCAAACCUGUUCAUACUUGUACCUGUAUGUCGGAUUCGUCGAUAUCCGGAAAUAUCAGCGCAACAAAGACAAUGCUCGAACGUUUGGAACGAGAGCGGGAUACAGCUAAAGCAGAUGUUGAGCGACUCAUAGACGAACGUGAUGCAUUGCGGGAGAGACUUAAGAUGAUGUCGGAAGCGCACACAAGUGAACAGCUUCGCCUCAAAGAGAGUUUAGUCGAGGCGGAGACGCGGUUGAAACAUACAGAGAAAGAACGACAAGAUCUGUUGGUCACUCAGGGUACGAGGAGGGCGACGAUAAACGAUCUCGAGGAUCAGUUGGGCGACGUGCAAGAGGAACUACGCCGUACGAAGCAAGAAUUAAUGGCGCAACGGACGCAAUAUUUCCAACUACGAACACUGCAAGAUCAAACGGAUCAAACACUCGGAGACGUGCAAGGUCAAUUGUCGCAGACAGAAUCGGAAUUGAACAAGGCUAUGGACCGCAAUAAAGGUAUGGAGCAACAACAGGCGCAAUUGAAUGAUCAAAUCAAGGAGCUGAAACAAGAAAUUAAUAAUCUGCGCGCAAACAUGACACUUUUGGAUCAAGAGAAGGAUCGACUAUUGAUGGCAUUGGACGAAAAAACAGAGAAGAUUGCUGCAUUAGAACGAGAAUUGGUAUAUAAGGACCAAGAAGCAGAUGGGAUACAACAACAAAUUCGCGAUUUACAGCAUAAAAAUGAAAUAUGCAUCGAUCAGAGCGCGGAGCGGGAACGUCAACUGAGAUCGCUGCAACUAGAGAUAGAGACGGUACAGAGGCAGUUCAAGGCCGCGUCGAUGGACCGCGAGAACGCGAUCCAGGAGAACCGGAAGCUGCAGGACGAUCUGGCAGCGAUGACCUGCGAGGUGCAGAAUCUUCAACGCGAGCUGGAGACCUCGCGCGCCGAGUGCUACGAUCUCAAAAGACAGCUGCAGACUUAUGUCAGCGAAGUACGUCGCGCCGAGGAACUCCUCAAUCGAAAGGAGAACGAGAGAACGGAAAUGCUGAACCAUUUUCGCAGUCUCAGCUUAGAGGCGACGGUCUUGGAGAACAGCAAUCACAGCUUAGAAUCCGAGGCGGCGGAAGCUAAAGGCGCCCUUCAAAACGCGAGACAUCAAAUAGCCGAUCUGGAGCGUCUAUUGACCGACAGGGACUGUUUGAUAAAAGGCUAUGAGACUCAGAUAAGCAAUUUAACGCAAAGCGUCGCUAGCAUGGAGACGCAGCUGCGACAACAGAUCGAACAGAGACACCGUGCUGAAACCGAUCUAUUGGCGGUCAGGGAUCUAUGCGUGAAAUUAGAUCAACAGAAAGAUACACUUGUGGAGCAACUCGGCGACAAAAAUACUAUAAAGGAACAUUAUGAUGCGCAAGUGUCGAAGCUGAAAGCCGAGCAGAGUAUCAUGCAAGAACAGAUGACCAGAGAUCGCGUGAUUGUGGAACGAUUGGAGACUCUUUUGGACCAAGCGAGGCAGGAGUCCAUCAACGCGCAGGCCACUAAUCAGGAGCUGCAAAACGAAAUCUCCAGAUUAAAACAAAAAGUUUCCGAACUUCAAAAUAAACUAUCAUCAGAAUCCGCAGAGCUUAGGCAGUAUCAGAAUCAAGCGGCGGAAUACAGUAAACAGAUCAGUGAACUUCGUAGACAGGUCACCAAUGAGAGGUUUGACCGUGCGAGAAAGGAAGAACAGAGUCGCAGGUCGCUAAAUUCGAGUCCAGACAGUUUAAAUGUAGAUUUAAAUGUAUUUAUAUAGAGAAUAACUAUAUAUGAUAUCUCUUGGUCCUAUAAGAAAUAAGGAUAACAAUAGAACAGAUAAAGAUACUGCAAAAUACAUAAAUCGAUUUAACAUAUCGAAUGUUGGCAAUGUGGAUAUAAUUUGCAGAUGCGCAAAGAAAAAUGCGUCAUGACAAUCGUAUAAAUAUUGACGAUCGCGAUAUAUAUUUUAUUAACAUAAUUCUCUAUUUAAAAUGUGGAUAGAACAUCCGUUGAUAAAUCGCACAACUGAGAAACUAAACCACUUUCGAGCAAUGAAAAAUGGGAUACUAUGUGACAGUGGCAGAAACUUUGUGCAAAUUGAAAUUAUGUCAUAAGCUUUUAUACAGGAAAACAUGCAAAGGAUCAAACUUGUAUGCGAAAGAUCAAACAAUGCAUGUACAUAUAUAAAUAAAUUAAGAGAAAAGAUAAUAUACAAUAUCAAUAAUUUUGACGGUAUAAGCAAGAAAAAAUGAAAAGAUCAUUAUUCUGAUAUAUAUAAUUUAUCCAAUUGUGAAAAAUGUUUCGAAUAUUAAGAAUACAUGGAUUACAUUGUAUGAAUUUGUACUAAAAAAAAAAAAAAAAA